CCAGGCGGGGGGGGGCCGGGGCCGGGGCCGAGGAGGCCGCACCCCCUCACCCCCUGUCCCGUCCCGUCCCGUCCCCGCAGCCCGGCGUGGAGAUGAUGUGGGCCAUGAAGGCGGCGCAGCACGCCGAGGUCUACUUCAACCUCAUUUCCUCGGUGGACCCGACGUUUCUGAAGCUGACCAAGGUGGAUGAGGAGAUCUACGCCGCCUUCCGGGAGCGCUUCGGGCGCCUCAGGAUCGAUGUGUUGGAGCCGGAGGAGCUCAAAUCGGAGCCAGCCAAGGAGAAGUGGCGUCCGUUUUGCAUGCAGUUUGAGGGGGUCGUCGAAGACUUCAACUACGGCACCCUGCUGCGGCUGGACUGCAGCAAAGACUACACGGACGAGAAUACGAUAUUUGCCACCAGGAUCCAAUUUUUUGCCAUUGAAAUUGCUCGAAACAGAGAGGGUUACAACAGCGUCAUCUACAACUCAGCCACCCAGAGGAAGAUGGCUGCUGCAGUGAAGGCAGCUUGUGACCAUGGGUAGAACAAACCCCUUCUGUACACUGGACGGGGCCACUCCCUGCUGCAGGAGUGUUAACAGUUGCUCUGAAGCUACACGAACACGCAGCAACUGAAGGGGAACUUGACUUAGAGAUCAGCUUUUGCUCUGUGCUUUUAUGGUGCUCAAGUGAACUAAAGUGCCCUGUCAAUAAAUGGUUGUGACUUAAAUCUUGCUACAUACAGUGGGAUGGUGGAAGCACAGAAUAGCAUCCCCUGGCACCCUGCACCUGUAACCUGGGAGUCAGCAGCCUUAAAUCUGAAAACAGCUGAAGAACUUCUCACAAGGUAUUGCAUCUCCCUGGAGCACUGCUCUUCUCUGGUGUGGUUCUUCCUAGACUUGACAAGCCUCCCAUGUCACUGGGAUAUACUGCAAGUUAAUCAGUUUGAAACAAUAAACCACAAGUGUCCAUAUCAUC